UUUUCAUAUCAGUGAGCGACAGCAAACUGGUGGAACAGCCAUGGAGAAUCAAGGACAAACAGGGAUAUCGGUCAUUUUUGUUGUUGUUUUAUUAUAAUACAGAGGCAGACGAUUUUUUAAAAGAUGCGGUAGCAUUUCAACACUGUCUUCCAUCAUCUUUUCAAAUAUGUAUAUCUUCAGAAGAGUACAUCACAGGCAUAGUUUCUUCAGAAGAAGAGCUGAAACACCUUCUGGAAAGCCACAAACGGGCAACUGGCACAUCUUACACUGUUUGGUUUUCAACUUCUGUUUGUCCCUGCUGAUGAAGAGGAGCAAUGAUCAGCAAGAAGGACUUAAGGUCUACUGUUUAAGCACAUUUUUCUUCCCAAAGCUUCAGAGUGGUGACGGACAUUUUGCAGGCCACGCAGCAGUGAAGAAAUGGACAAAAACAGUGGAUUUCUUCCUCUAUGAUCUGGUUCUUGUUCCUUUGCACCUUGGCUUGCACUGGGCUUUGGCUACAAUCCAGUGCUAUGCCUCCAUGGGUCAGAGACAUGGUGAUAUCUGCCACAUAUUGUUGAAAUACCUCAUGGAGGAGUACAAAAUCAAAAAAAGCUGCAUCAUGGAGGCUUCCAGAUGGACCACUGGCCAAAUGAGAACCAAUUGCGCUCUAAGUCCUCAUGGUGACAUAGUGAUUCGCCUCAAUCCGGGUGGCGGAGGAUGAAUCCCAGUUGCAUCCGCGUCUGAGACCGUCAACCUGCGAAUCUUAUCACGUGGCUUGUUGAGCGCAUUGCCACGGAGACAGCGCCUGUGGAGGCUUCACGCCAUCCACCGCGGCAUCCGCACUCAACUCGCCACGCGCCCCACCGAGAACGAACCACAUUAUAGUGACCACGAGGAGGUUACCCCAUGUGACUCUACCCUCCCUAGCAACCAGGCCAAUUUGGUUGCUUAGGAGACCUGGCUGGAGUCACUCAGCAUGCCCUGGGAUUCGUACUAGCGAACUCCAGGAGUGGUAGCCAGCGUCUUUUACCACUGAGCUACCCAGGCCCCCUCUGACUGUGGUGUUUUUGCCUGUAAAUACGUAGACUUCAUUUCUCAAGGAAAGCCACUUAUUUUCAGACCAAGCUACAAUAUUUUUAUUUCUCGCAAACCUGAUUUUUAACACAUACUUAUUUUUGCUGUUGAGAUGGAGAUUGAGAUUAGAGUAUCCAUCCAUCUAUCUGUCGUUCUAUCUAUCUGUCUGUUUGUCUACAUUGGUCUAUCAGUUGGUCUGUUUGUCUGUCUAUUUUUCACACUUUAUCAGUAACCAUAUCUAUCCUGGUAUCUAACUCACUCUAAACUUAAGACUAACACUUAGUAUAGUAACAAGAUGGAAAACCUAGGUAACUGUAUCCAUGUCUCACUGCUAAACCGUCAAAAACGUAUCUUUUUUUUUUUUUUUUUGUCAAAAUGCCAUCAUCAAAGUUUGUCUGUAUGAUUGUUCUCUCUUUCUAUGUAGUGUGACAUUCCAGUCCUACGAAAGGUGAUGGUGUGGGAGAUAGUACAUCAGAAGAUCCUGUAUAGAUGAUGUCCUGAGACAUCCAAAAGCUGAAGUCUAAUUGUUCUGCCUGCUGUCAACAUUUGAUCUUUUUUUUUUUUUUUUUUUGGAAUAAAGUUGAGUAUGAACAUCUAGUUGUCAGUUUGUUUCUUAGAAUAGCAGUGGAAACAAGUUAGUAAGAACGAAUGUUUAACUGCAGAUUUCAGUUGAAAUUCUCUUAGAACAGGUAUAUAUCCCUCGAAACUCCUAUAAAAACAGACAGGUAUUUCAUGCACAUGUAAUUCAGUGGGGACAGGUCUAUCGCUCCAAGAACUCAGAUGGUUUAAAUGGUACUAGUGUGAUAUUUUAGCGUGAUUUUGAAUUAAUCUACUCAACAUCUUUUUCUAUUAGCGGCAGAUCAACCGUUAGUGAUAUAGGUUAUCCUCAUACAUUUUUAGUGCAUAGUGUGAGUUUUUGUCGUGUAAAACGGCCCCUCAAAUCAUGCCAAAAAGCCGAUAUAACAUCACAUAAGAAAAACAUAUGAUCAAGACUUUCACUUUUGUUCUCACAAAAGAUGCAUGAGCUAUUCACAUCAGAGUACUUAGAUAAAAGUUGGUUACAAGGGUAAAUCUUGUGCACGAUUUUAAAAUCACUCCUUUGAUCUUAUAAGUCAUACAAUAUUUAUAAGGUAACAACCAUGCAUGUUCAAUGCAUGUUGUUGAUGAUCAUAAAGUUCCAGUAGAAUUUUCCUCUUGGGGAAAUAUAAUCUCGAGAGUGUAAUACUUGACGAAUAAAUGUAUUAUUACAUGUUUUACUCCGUAAAGAAACGCCUUUCAACAAAAGGGGAGAGAGGCUCAAAAGGCUGUGUCUCGUUUGGAAGGAUGCGUCCUCCAGAGGUCGCAUUUGUCAGCCGCAUACGUCAUUGAGGCUGUCUCGUUUCAGAAAAGCGAGUAGGACACUUCGAAUGCAGCCUUCGAAUGUGACCUUCUUUCACGGGAAUUCGGAGGAUGCAUGAGGUGUAUCCUUCGUGGGAACUCACAACCCACAAUUCUUUACUUCAACGGAAAUGUCUAAAAAAAAAUGACGCCAAUUUGCCCGUAAAUAUGAUGUUCAAACACAAGUAAUGUUAAUUCCCAAGUUGAAGUACCUCAGUAGAUGGGUGCGGAGUAUAUAAUAUGUAUAAUUAUAUUAAUAUAUAAUUAAAAUAAAGUAUUAGACUAAAAGUACACCUGCAAAAUCUAUUUUCUUUUCUCUUUACAUCAUUAUAACUCUCCUAAAAUGUACCUCAUACAUUCCCUUCGAGAGGGACUUUGUUCCCUUCACACUCAAAGCGCUCGCGCUUGUUAAAGAGUGGCGUGCUGUCAUAGCAACCAUGUUACGUUCCGUUUCCGUUUGUCCUACGAACGCCGUCUCGUUUAAAUUAGAUUUGUUUAAAGGAGGACGCUCGGUAUACCGCAGCCUUCUAAGGACGAGUG